AAGAUAUAGUGAAAGAAAGAGAGAGAGAGAGAGAGAGUAUUAUAAGAAGAAGAAGAAAAAGAAGAAGAUGAUGACGAUGAUGGUCUAAAGCAAACGCGUCGAACGAAGUUAUUAACAACUACGUGUGUGGCGUCGGUGUGAAAGAACGUUAAUUAACACCGUCGUCGUAUGAAAGCAUAAUGGUGGUCCGUUGAAAGACGCUCGAAAGAAAGCAAGAAAGCAAGAAAGAAAGAAAGAAAAAGUAGGAAAAUUAAGAGGAGGGUAGAAGGAGAAACAGAAGAAAGCAUUCUCAAGGAAGGAAGAUUAUGAGUCAUUCGUAGAAGGGACUUUUCUACCUUUACUUUCUAUUGUUUUUCGUCGUAGAAAUAUGUCGAAAGAAGAAAGAAAAGCAACGUUCUUCACCAUGAGUACUACCACUCGAACAAUAUCAACUCUUCUCCUACUCCACUGUGCAAUAGUAACUGCAACUCCAAGCACACCUAUCAAUCAUCUCCUGCACGGCUCGAAAUGUCCUGAAGACAGCGUGGAAAAUGAAAAUGGCGAGUGUAAAUGCACUCCAUGUCCUUUACCACCAGUCUGUUCUGAACCUGGACAACGUCUGCUACAAACAAAGAUCGGAAUUCCUGGGACACCCGGUAGUUGCUGUUCUCAUUACGAAUGUCUUCCCUCAGGACACCAACAAAAUGGACAUCAAGAAGGACAAGAUCAGCAACAGAGUUCAGAAAACGGUUGUCCCAGGGACAGCGUUCCAAGCGAAGAUGAUGUAUGUAAAUGUGUACCCAUGUGUCCACCUGCAUCUUGUAAACCAGGUGAACGUGCUGUAGAAGUUAGACAAGCCGUUCCUAAUACUCCUGGUUUUUGUUGUCCUCUCUACAAAUGUGUACCUUCAGAAUCCGUAUACUUAGUUGAAACGGAAGAGGGUGGCAAUACCAGAAAUUGUUUCUUCAAAAAUGGACUUUUCCGACGAGUUGGAGAGCAUUGGAAAGACGAACCCUGCGUAAAUUGCACAUGCCAAGAAAAUGGUCAGGUUUCUUGUAUAGGAAUCAUGUGCAAAUCUUGUGCAAACCCGAUACCACCAGAUCCAGGCGAAUGUUGCUCUCACUGUCCACAACCAACGAGUUUAACUGAUAUUGAUAUCGAUAGCAAAUCGAAUUGCAAAACCUCUUUGAUUGAUUGUAACCUCGAUUGUGAUCGUUACUUAACCGACGAGAAAGGCUGCCAGAUUUGUGAAUGUUACAAACCAACAAAGAACGAAAUGAUUCACACAGGAUCCGAGGAGGAUAAACUCUGUCCGGAAUUACCAAACUGCGAACUUAAUUGCGAUCUCGUCAAAGACGAGGUUGGAUGUUCGAUUUGUGCUUGUCAAUCGAUAUCAAAUUCAUCAUCAACGUCAAUACCACUGACGCCUCCACGAAAUCAACAAAACUUGAAUUUCCCUUCGACGAAUCAAACAUGGAAUCAUCCAAAUGUCGAGAAUUUCGAUAAUAACGACAAUAAGAAAGUUGUCUGUCCCGAAGUAAACUGUGAUCUUCAUUGCGAACAUGGUCUCAUAAUGGAUGAGAACGAUUGCACUUUAUGCGAAUGCAAACCACUUCAAGAGAAUUGUCCUUCCUUCAUGGGAUGUAAAAAGAAAUGUAGAUUUGGUUACAAGACCAACAAACGAGGCUGUCCGAUAUGUCGGUGUCGAGCGAGUUGCAUCAACGACGAGAAUGAACCAAUACAGGAAGGUGAAAGCUGGCUACGAAAUGCUUGCACGACUUGCACGUGCGAGAUAGGCGGUAGAGUAAAUUGCAAGGAGACCGUUUGUUCGGUGGCCUGUAGCGAUCCUUUACCCCCAGAACCAAACACGUGCUGCCCAGUUUGCCCGAUCACAGAAAAUGAAGCGAAUCAUCAGAAUAACAGAGGCUGGGGUGUGGUACCGAUCACGUUGAUCGUCGUCCUGGCGUUGCUUUGUCUUUUGUUGAUUAUCCACAUCGUUCGUAACCGUUUCCGUGGUCGACUGUCGCCAUCAGAUGCAAGCUAUUCCUAUCCACCGCAAUACUAUAAGUGUGUGCCUGCUUACGACACACCAAUGCAUCGAAACGAGAAGAUUGUGCCACUGUAAAAGACUAUUAUCAACGAUGCACACACACAUACAUACAUACAUACACACACACACACACACACACCUUUUUUCUCGAUGUUCCUCGUUCUUAUUUCUUUUCUCGUUUCUUCGAAUGAAAGAAGAAAAAGAAAAUUCACGAGGAUCAUUGAAUGUGAUGAUCGUCGGUAUGAAAACAAAUAAAAUUAUUAAAAAACAAAAAAAAAAGAAAGAAGGAAAGAAGAAAAAGUAGAAAAACUAAUCUGGUGAUACUCGAUUUACUUUUUUCGAAGAAAAUCGAUGUACAUGCCGGUGUUAAGAAAUAAAUAAGACCCUUGCGAGUAGAUUCAGUAUUAUUCUUAAGAGAUGAAUGAAACGUGUUUGUGAGGGAGAUCAAGGAAAAUAAAAAAACAAACAAGAAUAAUUUAUAAAGUGGGAUGAGAACAAAAUAAAAAUAAUAUCAACCAUUUCGAAUUAAUACCACUUGCUCGAUCCCCUCGAAAUCUUGUUAAGUAAAAUGAAGAUGAAGACAAAGACGAAGACAAAGAAGAAGAACUACUAAUAUACGAUAUCAUUUAAUCUGUAAAUUAUAUAUAACGAAAAAAAUGGAAAAAAAGAAAAAACAAGAAAAAACGAUCUUAGAGUAAAACCGUCGUUAUAAGUGUGCUAAUUAGCGUUAACCUUCCUAGCUCCUAACUUAUAUACAUACACGUACACAUACCAUACACGGUGUCAGACGUUUUUCCGUACAAACGUUGUAAGUGCAUUCUAUGCACAAAAAUAUGAAAAAAAAAAUGUUAUAUAAACAUAAAUCAUUUAAAACUUUAUUCAAAAAAAACAUAAAUAGUAAAACACUAUCUAAAUGUGCUGUUUUAAAUGUUGCCCAUCUACGCGAAUAAAAGUUUGAUUGUAGUAUGUGGUAUGUUAUUUUUAUAACGUGGCAAAUUUUUUCUUUCGAUUUCUAAUCAUUUCUGCAACUGCAUCCUUAAUUCGUUCUACCAUAAAAUCAAGCGUAACAAUUUCAGUAGCAUAAAAUUCUUCUUUUAGUUUCCCCCCCACAAAUAAAAAUCUAGUGGGGUAAGGAGGUCAGGUGAUCUAAAUGGUCAAACUAUUAUAUUAUUCAAAUAAGAAUGCAUUGAAUCACUUCAAAACCGCUAAACAUCGUUUUUUAACAACAUAUUUUAACAAUUUUACAAUUUAUGUUAUACAACUUUUUAAUAUAGUUUUAAAUGACCUAUAUUUAUAUAACAUUUUUUUCUUAUUUUUAAACAUAGAAUGCGCUUACAAAGUUUAUAAAGAAUAACAUCUGAUAAAACCUGUAUAUAUGCAGGGUGAAUAAAAAUUAACCAGAUACCUGAAUAUCUUUGUUGAAUUUAAAGUUAUAAAGUAUGUGUACAGCAGAAACAAAAUUAUUUCAAAGGACGCAUAUGUUCACAUCAUGUUUUUUAAUGUCAUUUUUUAGGUAUCUUUUAGAACAUUUUCUUAAAAUAGAAUAGCAUCUUUUGCCUGUACACGCUGAAUUUUAUUUGUUCCAUAUUUCUAGAUUAAAGAUCAUAUUAUAGUACACUGUUGAGGUGUCGGUUACAAUAAUGUAUAGAAAAUAGAAUGCAAUUCCAUUUGAAAAAACGUUAGUGAUUUGAAACAGAUCUAAAAAAAAUGACAUUAAAAAACAUGGUGUUAUGAUGUCUUUCGAAACUAUUUUAAUUCUAAUGUAGACAUACUUUGUAACAUUAAAUCCAACGAAGAUAUUCAUGUAUCUGGUUAAUUCUGUCUCACCCUGUAUAUAUAUAUAUAUACAAUGUUUAUGUGAAAGGAGAAUACAGAAAUAAAAAGGAAGAAAGAAAGAGACAGGUCUCCAUCGUAGUAUUAGUUUCCUUGAUCUCUCUGGGCCACAACGCGAUUGAUUCAUUAGUAGUAUAACUAAUAUUCAAAAAGCAAAUUUAUUGCAAAUUUGAUUUUUUCUUCACUUUUUUCCUUUUCUAUUGGUUAAAAUUAAUGUGAUAAUAAAAAAAAAAAGUUUUAUAUCGAGUUUUAGUUUGUAUAACUCCUUACGUUAAUUAAAUAAUUUGAUUGAAAUAUUUCUUAGAAAAUAUAAUGUCAAUUUUUCCUACUUUAUACCCUUGAAUUUCAUUUUCAUCAUUUUUUUCUUUAUUUUUUUUUUUUUUUGUAUAUUCUCCUUCAAUGAUUUAAAAAAUCGUUCAUUAUUGCUUCCGAACGCUCGCGUCGUUCGAUGAUCGUUAUCGUUUAUAAAGGAAAACGAAAAAAAGAAGAAAAAAAGAUCGAAAUUAUUAUUCAAGAGGAAGAUCAGACUAAAAUCGAAAUACGAAAUGAAAAAGUAUUAAAUCGUAUCCGAGGUCCAAUGAAAGAACUUAAAAAUGUCGCGUCGAUAUUCGUAUAAAGAAUAUAUGUGUAAGUAUAUACGUAUAUAUACAUAUAUAAUAUAUAAUAUACGUAUAUUAUGUGUUAAACUCAAUUCUUAUCGUUUUUCCGUCUCUUUCAUAUGUGAUAGAUAUUUCCUUUUCUUAUGAAUUUUUGUCAUGGCACAUUCAAUCGUUUUAAAACAAUCAUUGAAAUAACAUUUAACCCUUUGGACAAUUUUAAAAACGUUUCAAUUGAAUUUUCAUCGAACAAUUUGUGCAACUAAAUCUAAUCUUCAAAUUUUGUCGGCUAUUCGGAACUUUCUUUGUUUCUCAGAUUAAAAUAAUCGUUUCGAAAAGCGUUCAUACCAAACUCUACGUGUUAUUUUCGACAUCAUUUUAUUACAUAUACUUAGAAUAAAAACGUUUCGUUUGAACUGUAGUUUUCUUAAAUGUCGAAGUAGUGAAGAAGAACAUGUCGCAAAAACAGCUUAUAAGCGGUUCAUUUUAAAUCGAUUUGAUAAAUUUCUUUGGCAUCAAAAUAUAUAACCUGUGAAGUCUAAAUCAUUUUCAGUGACGUUUAAACUAGAAAAGAUAUGCAAACCUUACCAACGAAACGUUAAUCUCUAGUAAUUAUGACAGGAAUUAAGUUUACCACGUAAUAUCUAUAUAUAAUUCAUUUAUGUUCAGACAAAAAUCACUAACUAUCAUUUAUGUUAAUCUCAGUUAUUACUCGUCAAAUUAAUUUGUAACAGAAAAUAAUUAGAUUUGGGAAGGGUAUGCUUCUUGUUAAUGCUUUCACACAUUACUAUUGAUGCUUUUUAUGGAGUAAUUGCUAGUGUGAAUCCAAAAUAGUAAUGUAAUUAAUAAGCAAUGUAAGUUACAUAAGUCAUUUUUGGCCAAAAGUUUAGUUAAUGAUUUUUGGCUGAACAUAAACGUUAUAUAUGUACACAUAUUAUAUAUGUAUAUAUGUAUAUAUACUUAUAUAUAAUCAAGAAAAUCUUAGGUUAAUCCAUUCGUAACUGUGUUAUUAGAUUGUUCCUAUAUAUAUUCCACAUUUAUUAAUAUAAACUUUAUAUAUAUACAAUAUUAUAUAUUAUAUAUUAUAUAUCGCUCCCUUCACUCUCUUGGCCAAUUGGCGAGAUACAUUUAAGUGUGGGAUUCUCUUAAAAAAAAAAGAAAAAGGAAAAAAAAAUAAAGGUUGUAAGCGACAAAAAUGUAUAUACGAUACCUUAAUUUAAAAAAGCCCCCAAAAAAGGGAAAAAAUAGAGAGAGAGAGAGAGAGAAAGAGAAAAUACUUGGUAUAAAACGUUCGGAUUUGUGCUGAUUCCUUUGUUUUUUUUGUCGCAAAAUGAAUAUGUAAUAUGCUCUUUAAUUAUAAUCUGCAAAAUAAGAAAUAAAAAUAAAGCUCAGCCUUUCGUAAUAUGUAUUAAAAAAGUAAAUCUAAAACUUGUUUCAACGAAUUGAAUGAGCCAAUUUGUUUUUAAAAUCGAGAGAACACUGAAUUAUUGCUCUGUACAUAUGUGUUGACUAAUAAUUAUUUUUAUUUCUUUGUUUAUAUAUUUUUCUUUUUAUCAAUCAUUUUCUUAGCGAUCUAACCUGCUGACAUUCGAUCGUUUUAAAGUAUCGCUAGUGUUCUCUCGAAUACUUUUAUAUAUACGUGUACACAUGUAACUUCGCGGAUUUCAUUCAAAAUUUGAUCAAAAAAAUAAAAAAAACAUAGGGAAAAAAUAGAAGCAAAAAAUAAUAAUAAAAAAACCAUUUCAGCUUGUGUGAAUGAAAAGAGAAAACAGAAAAAAAAAAAAUCGAAAAAAUUAAUACAAACGAUACGGAAGUGUUAGUAGGCAACUGUAUAAAUGAAGAAGAAAGAA